AUGAUCGCGCCCCCUCUACCAAAAUCCAACUUCUCAGUUGGACAUCGUCUUGGUUGUUUCCUUUGUCUUUGGCUGUUCAAGUUGGCUGCCAGUGUGAUUUUUCCUUUGGUUGAAUUCUUCAAGCCUCCUCCAAUUACAACUCGGCCAACAUGGGUCAAGAGUUAUCCCUGCCGACCGCGCCUGGGAUGCCGAAUCUUUUUUCCAUCGAAUUAUGAGCCCGGAAAGCGUCUUCCGCUGUAUUUCGAUAUCCACGGCGGCGGGUUCGCUGUCUGCGACGCCCGGACUGAUGAUCCCUUUUGUUCCUCCUGGGCCGAGCGGACGGGGAUGCUGGUCGUGAGCCUGAACUAUCGAAAAGCCCCUUGGCAUCCGUUUCCUAUCGCUACCACGGAUAUCCAUGCUGUCGCGCUCGCCGUUUUGGCCGAUGAAACCUUGCCCAUUGACCGGAACCGGGUAUCGAUGGGUGGAUUCAGCGCCGGUGGUCAGUUGGUCUUGUCGGCGUCGCAGCUACCAGGUCUCAAGGGUGUUGUGAAGGCCGCUAUUGUGUACUAUCCCGUUGUGGAUUUCGGUGCCUUGACCAAUGAAAAACUGGAAGCUCGGCCGUAUAUCAACGGACCCAAAGAUAACCUCGAGAUGCCGUCAUGGUGGAUUGACUGGGGAUUCAUUUCCCCGGGGCAAAAUCGACGCCAUCCGUUGUUGAGUCCGUAUUACGCGAAAAAGGAGGAUCUGCCACCGUGGGUGUACUGUAUUGGGGCGCAAUGGGAUCUGCUCAGAGUCGAAGCCCAAGAGAUGAUCCAUCGGUUGGCGGAAAGCGAUGAGCCCAGUGAUUCCGAGCAAGAUUUCGAGUGUGGGAAGUACAAAUGGACUCUCGCCACGGGCUGCUCACACGGAUUCACACAUACCGAGCCGACUUCCCACUCGCCCAAAACGAAAGCGGAGUGGAUAUACGAAGAAGCCCAUGUGUGGUUGAAGAAGAGUGUGUUGAGUUGA